GAAACUGAGCUGAGUUUUCCAUCAUUCUCUCUAAGAUUAAUUACAUGGAGAUAGAUGAUAGUGCUAGUACUACUCCUUAUAUUAGUGCUUGUACAAGCCCUCAACAUCGUUAUGGCACGUUGUUUCUCAGUGCCCCUACUAGUCCUGCUCGUGUCUCCGCUGCCCUCUCUGAUGAUUUCCAUAUGAUUACUGGUGGGGAAGGUCUAAAAGUACCCGGUGAAGUUCCGUUCAAUUGGGAGGAAAGGCCUGGAAUUCCGAAAUCAAGAGAUCAAAUUAAUGAUGAUGAGGAGGAGGAUUUUGUUUUCGAUUUUAGUGGACAGUUGGAAAGAAGCUCUGUUUCAGCAGCUGAUGAGCUUUUUGAUGGUGGAAAGAUUAGGCCAUUAAAGCCACCACCUAGAUUACAAUAUGAAGCUGAUUACAAACCAUUUGAUUCGCCUAGAUCACCUAAGCAGAGAUUCAAGCAAACUUUCUCCCCGAGAAAUAAGAAGGAAAUUGAUCCAUUUGCUGCAGCUAUAGAACACACUGCUCGAAUAGAAAAAAUCGAAAAGCCUAAAAAGACGAGAUCUUUAUCUGUUCCUGAUCUGGUAUUUGAUCACGAAAGCAAUCAGGAGACCACAAAGACUGGCCCAUACUCUUUGUGUUCCGUUUCAUCAUCGAUAUCACUCUGGUACAGGAAAUGGAAACUGAAAGAUUUGUUUCUAUUCAGAAGUGCUUCUGAGGGCAGAGCGAGCAGUAAAGAUCAAUUAAACAAGUUUUUGAAGAAAACUCACGAGCAGGAGGAGGACGCCAAGACUUCAAGCUUCAGAUCAACUGCUAGUAGUGUUGCAUCAUCAUCGGUAUCAACCUCCUUGAUGAGGAGGAGGAGGGAGAUUUCAGCUCAUGAGAUGCAUUACACGUUGAAUAGGGCAUUCUCCGAAGAGAUGAAGAGGAAAACAUUUUUGCCAUACAAGAAAUUAGGGGUACUAGGUUGCUUAGGAUUCAUUCCGUCAAUGGAUGAUACAAGUUUUAGAGGUGUUGCUCCUUCUAUGUCCAUGAAUCGUCGUCAAUAAAAUCUCAUCAUCUCUGUGUGAAAUUUUUUCUUCAAUUUAUUACGUUUAAGUGUAUAUCGUAGUUUGUAACAUUUAUGACCUCCAAUCUUCUUGGCAGAAAUUAAAUAUGUUUGUACAAUAUUGUAUUUGAGAUAUA